CGGAAAUGCCGGCUCGGGUUUAAUGCGUUCCCAGUAAUUGCAGAGUCAAGAACGAUCCAUUCAAAAGCACUCAGGUAGGUGCUUGUAUUGAGCUGUGUGAAUUUUAAUACAUAUAGAGAGAGAUUGUGUAUGAGUGAAUGAGAGAGAGAGAGAGAGAGAGAGAGAGAGAAUAAAAAUGAUUGCUAGGUAAUGGAUCAUGGAAAGGGGUAUGGGAGAACAAUAAAUGAUGCUAUUGUUGAUUUGAUUGAUAAUAAUUCGGGAAAGAGGACAGUUAGAUUUAGAAAGCUCAAAAUGGCCUUUCUCGGGACCAUUUCAGAAUUUUCAAAUUUUUUAUCUCUUAAAGUUGUCUAGAAAAAUUUGCAAAAGUUUGUUUGCUUCUGUGUGUGUGUGUGUGUGUGUGUGUGUGUGUUUAAAUGACACCUGAAGAAAAAAGACUGGGGAUGGCACAAGUGUUCAAAAAGUCAUGUGAAUACUUUAACCAAAAUGAUGGGGAAACUGGAUAUGAAUGAGAGAGAAGCCAAAUAAUUUAUUUUUUCAUACGCUUGGAGCUUCCUGUUUCACUGGAGUUUAUUUGGGCAAAAAGAACUCAAAUCCAUUAUAAAGAUGUGGAGCAGUGGUUUUUGGCUUGAGCCCAGUCUGAGCAGUGGGGGAAAUUAAAUAUGUAAUCCUAUAUACAAAUAACUCUGGAGUACUCCUCAUUGAGUUCAAUGGAGAUUACUUCUGAGUCAGAAGACAUAGGAUCACCAUUGGGAUGAGUUUUUUCAGCCUUUGUGUCUAUGCUCCACGCUUUUUUUUAAGGAAUGUUAUGAAAGGUGUUAAUGCAAUGGCAUUCCCAAUUAAUUAAUUUCAUCAAUUCCUCAUCCAUUCUGCUAAUGCCUCGUUAAUUCCUAAUUCCACCGCAUGGAAGUAGCAGUAGACUGUAAACCAGACUCUUAUCUGCUGGGUAGAAAAAUACUUCCCAGAUCUGAGGGAAAAUCACACACUGGGUACAAUUUGCUCACCGUAAAAUGCCCCCAAGUCCCAUUGAUGUCAGUAGGAAACUUAAGCUGUUGCUUAACUCACUUCCAUUGAAACCAAUGGGACUCCAAAUCGUUUAGCUCUGGCUGGAUCUUGCCCAGUGUGUAUGCUUCCUAAAACAGAGAGACACAGACUUGAAGGUCACAUCCUUGAAGCCCUCACAUCCCUGUUAAGAAAGUUGAAUGGGGGGGGGUUGUUGUGGCUACUCUGUACAUGCUCAGAACAAGCCUCCUUUUAACUGUAUCACAUGGUUCCUCUGAGCGUCCUCCUUGCACUGGAAACCUGUCUCCAAGGCAUAGUCUUAUAUGCAUCCAAUACACAUCUUCUGUGGCUAUUUCUUGGAGUUGUAGCCCACUCUGUGCCACAGUGAUGUCAGGACAGGUGACGAUUCCCUCUUACGCCACGCCAGGGGCUUUGUGCAAUUGCUAGCGAUGCCUUGAAAGGUUGUGUCUUUGCAGCAGUGGGGCAUUGAAAGGUGAGGGUUCAAAUCCUGCCCUCUUAGGGCUUGGCUUCAUUACCGUUUUUCAUAGCCUUUCCACGAGGGAGGGGGGUCACAGCUCAUGCGCUGUCUGCUGCAGAUCUCUGGUUCAAUCCCACACAUCUUUACCCAAGUCCCUGGGAAGCCAUAUCCAACCAAAGGUUGCAGCAAUAUACCGAGUUAGCACAACCAAUGGUUUGGCACAGACAAAGGUGGCUUCAUGUGCACUGUGUACUUGAACCUCACAAUUUCCCGCUUGUUUAAAGCGGGUAGAGGUAUUGAUCCAGGUAAAGCCCCCCUCCCUUACAAAAUGCACACCAUCCUUACUCAUUUGUUCCUCCCUGACAAAGGCUACUCAGACGAUUACUCAGUCCACUUCUUUGGAGAAGCCCAGUGUCGCAAAAGGUCGAGAUGCAAUUUCUAUGCGACGCAGAGCAUUUCUAUGCGACACAGAGAUGUAGAGAUUGUAGGAUUAAACCUCAAGGUAGCGUUUUGGGCUAACUGAUCACAUCAGUUAAAAGGGUCCGUGGUUCCGGAUCCAUGCAGCGCAGCCUAUGUUUAUUAUAUAAUUUUGCAGCCGUCUCUUUUAUUUUUAAUACUCCGCUGAAUCACAAUGUGUGUGCGUUCACAUUUUUGGAAUGCCAAUGAUAAAAAUGGCAAAUAGUUGGGCAGAGAUCCAGUUCCUGGGAAAAAAGAAGAAGUUUGGACGAGCCCGAGAAAUUGUGUCUCCUUGGAAUAUGCAGAAAUGCGGGAUCCUAUUCUGGUUUGCAAGACAACCUGAGCAAUGAUAUGCAGCCACCUAAUGGCAAACCAGCUUGUUGGGACCUCUUCCUGCUUGCAGCCUUCUCGAUUCGAGGAGGACAAAGCAAAAACCAGACAAGCUAGCAGCGCAGGGAGAGCAGAAACCUAGGUGGGCUUUCACAGCAUGUAUCUAUGCAUUAUUUGUUUAUUUAUUCAAAACAUUUCCAUGCCGCCCCGAAAGUCAAAAUUCCUGGGGCAUUUUGCCAUGACAAUACAAAUAGCAAGAUAAAAACAAGGAAAAGCAAGUGCCAAAAUAAGGAGGAAGAGCCGUAGCUAGGUGGGAAGCACCUGCCUUGGAUGCAAAAGGCUCCUGUUUCUAUCCCAUCUCCGCUUAUAGCAGCCUGAGUCAUUGGAGAGCUGCUGCCUGUCCGUGUUGACAGUACUGGGCUGGAUGGACCAAUGGUGUGGCUCAGUAUGGGGCUGCUUCCUAUAAUCUUAAUAAAUCACCUCAGGUGGGAAAUGGCUUAAAGAGGUUUUUUUUAAAUAAUAUUUUGAAAAUGAAUUUAUCUCCAGUGCCUUUUGGAAGGAUCAGAUUUCAGACACCACAGGGUCUUCUUUUAUCCCAACAAGUCAGUAUAAUUCUUUUAUCCUCCAGAGGCUGCUAUUUUAUCCACAUGUACCUUUAAUGUUUUUAAAUGUACCACAUGUUUUUAAUGUUCUGUUGAAAGCCACCCAGAGUGGCUAGGGAAACCCAGCCAAAUGGGCGGGGUAGAAAUAAUAAUAAUAAUAAUAAUAAUAAUAAUAAUAAUAAUACCUGGGAGGGAGUUAAGCUCCGUGACAAACAUGGACUUAUUCCUGAGUUAGGCACACAAACACAAAUGCACAGUUAAGGAUUGUAAUUAGUAAGUUUUCAAGACCUCGUGUCAAUAUUUUGCUCUUUCUUUUUUCAGAAAAGGAAAGAGAUGCUAGACUUGGCUCUAGAUGCAGUAGACUAUGGACUGGCACAUGCUAAAAUCCGCCAGCCUCUUCAAAGUAGAUUACAAGGACUCUUACCUCUCAUUAGUUCUUGGCCAUCAGUUAAACACACAAACGCACACACCACCGCAACAAAAACAAACAAACAAACCCUGCUAUACAUUUUGAACUGAUUUGAAUUUCAAAUUUGAGUUUAAGCUUGAAACAGGAAUUGAGGGGAUGCUCAUCAAAUUUGCAGAUGACACCAAAUUGGGAGAUGUAGCUAAUGUUGCAAAAGACCAAAUCAGAAUUCAGUAUGACCUUAACAGAUUGGAGAACUGGGCGCAAGCUAACAAAACGAAUUUCAAUAGGGACAAAUGUCAGGUUCUGCACUUAGGCAGGAAGAACCGGAUGCACAAAUAUAGGAUGGGGUGCACCUGGCUUACUAGCAGUACAUGUGAAAAGGAUCUAGGGGUCUUGGUGGACCACAAGCUUAACAUGAGUCAACCAUAUGAUGCAGCAGCAAAACAAGCUAACGCUGUUCCAAACAUAAGGCUAGUGUUUGAUCAAGAGAGGUAAUAGUACUGCUCUAUUCUGCCUUGGUCAGAACACACCUGAAAUACUGUUUCUAGUUCUGGGUGCUGGCAUUUAAGAAAGAUGUUGACAAGCUGGAAGGUGUGCAGAGGAGGGCGACCAAGAUGAUCAAGGGUCUGGAAAAAGCCUUAUGAGGAACGGUUGUGGGAAUUGGGUAUGUUUAGCCUGGAAAAGAGGAGACUGAGAGGAGAUAUGGUAGCCAUCGUUAAAUAUCUAAACGGCUGUCGCACGGAAGGUAAAGCAAGCUUGUUUUCUCCUGCUCUGGCAGGUAGGACCCAAAUUAGUGGAUUUAAGUUUCAAGAAAAGAGAUUCUGACUAAACAUCAGGAAUAACUUUCUGACAGUAAGAGUUUUUAGGCGGUGGAACAGAGUCCCACGGGAGGCGAUGUACUCUCCUUCCUUGGAGGUUUUUAAGCAGAGAUUGGAUGGCCAUCUGCCAUGGAUGCUUUAGCUGAGAUUCCUGCAUUGCAGGGGGUUGGACUAGAUGACCCCUGGGGUCUCUUCCAGCUCUAAGAUUCUAUGAAGGCAAAAUUAUGCACGAUGCUUCAAAGAUUUGUGUCCCAUCAAUGCUGGAAUGGAGUGGCGUGGGUGUUUGAGGCAGCGUUGAGUUUGAAUGAAGCUCCACAUCCCUGCCCAGUCACAAAUCUCCCACUAUGGCCUUGGGCAAGUCUGAACUUACUAGGGCUCUUGUCAGGGUUCUGCUUUGCUGCUUUAAGCCAAGCAGGGAGCUAUUGCGUUGCCAGCGGCAUGCAGUGAAAUUUUUUCCCAGGGGAAUAGUUAAGGCCAGAGGUGCCAGCAUGCAAGGGCAAUUGGAGGGGUUAGUGAUGUGUGCGUGACAUCACACAUGUUAAAGAUUUUCUUGUUUUACAGAAGUAUGUGUAAUGUCUCUCGUAUUUUUUCCAUGUAACAUUUUUACAAAUCCGUUUCAUUUGUUGAGACAUUAGGGGGAGAAAAAAAGGGGUGGGGGGGGGAAGAUGGGUGGGGGUGGGGUCGGGUGGCGAUGUUUCUAUUAUGCUUAAUGUAUGUAGGGUUUGGUGUCAGCGAUGCUUGUGCUGUUCACUUGUGUUCCUUUGGUGGUGAGACAGGUUGGGGUUGGCCUAGGAUGUGGCUGUUUGUGAUUGGCUGUGGUGAUCUUUGUUUUUGUGUGUGAGUGGGGUGGAUGAGUGUUUUGGAUCAGGUUAGCCAUAUUGAUUUGUAUGCUGUUGGUGGAUUAUUGUCAUUGUCUUGUUGGGCUGUGUAUGUGAUAAAGGGGAGCCAUACCGGGGUAAAGGCAUCUUCUUCUGCUUGUCCCUGUGUCAGUUUCAGUUUAUUGGUUAAUUUUUCUAGUAGGGCUGUUUCCCACACUAUUUGGUACCACUGGUCCAUGCUUACUCCUGACAGGUCUCUCCAGUGUCUGAUUAUGGUGUUUCUGGCUGCUGAAAGUAGGUGGGUUAUGAGUUCUUUGUGGUGUAAAUGGGCAUUGUUGUCUUGGAAGAUGUUUAGUAGGGCCAAUUCUGGGGUGUCUAAUACUUGCUUAUUUUACAUAUUUCUCAUGUGGCUGUUGUCCAGAAUAGUUGGAUUUUUGGGCACUCCCACCACAUGUGGAGGUAUGUCCCUGUGGAGGUGCACCCUCUCCAGCAUUUUGGUGAGGUUCCUGGGCGUAUUAUCGCUAGUUUUCUUGGUGUUAGGUACCACCAGUAGGUGAGUUUCAGAGAGAAUUCUUUUCUUUUCGUUGAUAUGGAUUUAAAGGGGGGUUUAGACCACAUUCUGGUCCAUUGAGUGGGGUUAAUCUCAUAGCCUAUGUCAUUCUCCCAUUGUUUUUUGAUUGCGUCUAGGGGGUUUGUGGGAUUUUGGAGUAGUAUUUUGUAUAUUGCGGAUACCAUCCCUUUACCAUUUCCCUUUGUUGUUAGGAGGAGGUUUUCGAAGGUUGUCAGGUGCCUAGUUGCUGCUGAUUUUACUGUUGGGUUGUUUAAGAGGGCAGAAGCUUCCUGAGCUUUGGGAUGGGUGCACCAGGCCUCUGACAGGAUGCUGCGUCAUACAGUCACGGAGUGAAUGGGAUCUCAUGAGAUUUCUGAACCUGGCAGGAUUUGCAUUUACCUCGGGUGGUACCUCGGGUUACAGAUGCUUCAGGUUACAGACUCCGCUAACCCAGAAAUAGUACCUCAGGUUAAGAACUUUGCUUCAGGAUAAGAACAGAUAUUGCAAGUUAGCAGCGGGAGGCCCCAUUAGGUAAAGUGGUACCUCAGGUUAAGAACAGUUUCAGGUUAAGAACAGGCCUCCGGAACGAAUUAAGUUCUUAACCUGAGGUACCACUGUAUCUCUUUUGGACAGAAAUGCCAAGUUGUCUUUUUCUCUACCAGGUUUUCCCCCCAUUUGGGUUCCUGUCAAGAUUUUGAACACUUGGCCAUCUAUUUUCGAUAAAUUUUGUUUUCUUAUUAAAAGACCUUAGUGCUCAGCACUCAGCAUGUAAAUAGCAUUCUAGACCAGGGUUUUCCCAAACAAUAAUUUUAAAAAUGCAAUAUUACAAGCAGUUACAAACAGGCUUCUCAGUUGUGGCUCUGUUCCUGUUUGCAUGGCAGCACAGAGUUCGCUGUUGGAGGGAGUGAUAUCAGGACACAGCUGCCCCACGGAGCUCUCCAAAGUAUUGAUUCUUACUGCGUUCCUGAAACUGACUCUCUCUUCUCAGAGAGCCUAAUGCCACUGCUUUCUGCUCUUCACUCCUGACUCUCUCCCCUCCAGAUCUAGGGGUUUUAGUGAGCCAUAAGCUUAACAUGAGUCAACUGUGUGAUGCGGCAGCAAAAGAAGCUAACACUGUUCCAUUAACAGAAGUCUAGUGUCUGAUCAAGAGGGGUAAUAGUACAGCUCUAUUCUGCCUUGGUCAGGACACACCUGUGUCUACUGGUGCCACAAUUUAGGAAGGAUGUUGACAAGCUGGAACGUGGGCGGAGGAGGGCAACCAAAAUGAUCAAGGGUCUAUAAUUGGAAGUAAGGAUAAGAAGUUUGUAAUGAAAGAGGAUAUUGAUGUUACAAAUAUGAAAUUGGGAACUGCUAAAUAUGUGUUAUGAUGAAAUUCAGAUUGGAAGGUGUCAAGGAAGUCUUCUAGCAAUGUAAAUAUAACAGGGAAUAAGAAGAAGAAGAAAAUCUUCUUUUAACUUUUGCGUUUUUAUUGUUGUUAAGUUUUUAUGUUGUGUUAAAUGUAAUGUUUUUUUCUGUGUUUAUGUUUGUUUAUUAUAAGAGAAAACCACUAAUUAUUUUUUGGGGGGGUGAAUGAUCAAGGGUCUGGAAACCAAGCCUGUUGAGGGAUGGUUGAGGGAAUUGGGUAUGUUUAGCCUGGAAAAGAGGAGACUGAGAGGAAAUAUGGUAGCCAUCUUCAAAUAUCUUAAGGGCUGUCACAUGGAAGAUGGAGCAAGUUUGUUUUCCCCUGCUCUGGCAGGUAGGACCCGAACUAGUGGAUUUAAGUCACAAGAAAGGAGAUUCUGGCUACACAUCCGGAAGACUUUUCUGGUGUUAAGAGCUGUUCGGCAGUUGACCAGAUUCCCAAGGGGAGUGGUUGACUCUCCUUCCUUGGAGGUUUUCAAGCAGAGGUUGGAUGGCCAUCUGUUAUGGAUGCUUUAAACUGAGAUUCCUGCAUUGCAGGGGGUUGGACUAGAUGACCCUCAGGGUCCCUUCCAACUCUACAAUUCUACGAUUCUAUGAUUCCUUUUCUUCAUAAUAAUAAUAAUAAUAAUAAUAAUAAUAAUAAUUUAAUAUUUUUACCCCGACCAUCUGGCUGGGUUUCCCCAGCCACUCUGGGCGGCUUCCAACAAAGACCAAAAAAACACUAAAAUGUCACACAUUAAAAACUUCCCUGAACAGGGCUGCCUUAGGAUGUCUUCUGAAUGUUAGGUAGUUGUUUAUCUCUUUGACAUCUGAUGGGAGGGCGUUCCACAGGGCGGGUGCCACUACUGAGAAGGCCCUCUGCCUGGUUCCCUGUAACUUGACUUCUCGCAGCGAGGGAAGCACCAGAAGGCCCUCGGCGCUGGAUCUCAGUGUCUGGGCAGAACGAUGGCGGUGGAGACGCUCCUUCAGGUAUACUGGACCGAGGCCGUUUAGGGCUUUAAAGGUCAUCACCAACACUUUGAAUUGUGCUCAUAAAUAAACAGGUUUUCCAAGGAAGCACUAGAGCUUCAAAAUCAACUUUAAUUGUACCACCUGACCCUGCUGGCAUGCCAUUGAAUCCCACCUGUACAUAGUGGCAGUCUGGACUCCACCUAGAGGCAAGAAGAAAGACCAAAUAUAAAAAUAGCAGGUGCUUUGGCUCCAUGUGCACAUAAUGGUAGAAGCCAGACUUUCUAGCUUAUUGUGAUAUAUUGUGAAAGACAGGUGUGCUGGUAUGUGCUGCCUGAUCAUUCUCUUGUUGCUCCUUCCCCAGAGGAAUAAACAAACCAGAAAAUUAUGGUUUCCUGUUAUGGAUGAAACAGGUCAUGGCUUGUUGCUCUCUAUUGCUAGCCAACCUUAAGCCAUAGCUAUUGUUGGCUAGGGAAUGUGCCUUGUUUCGAAGAAUCACUUAUACUUCAAAAGAAAAGGCACACCUGGUGUUUAUUUUUUAAAUUGAAGGGAUGGCUAACAUCACCAAGAACCCCAUGUAAUACAUAGUCCUUCAGAUGUUGCUGGACUUCAACUCCCAUCAACUCCCUACCAGUAUGGCCAAUGGUCAAGGAGGAUGGGAGUUAUAGUCCAACAACAUCUGGAGGGCCACGAAUUCCAAAUCCCUUUAUUAAACGAGGAAUACACGAGAACUUGGGAUGCGGGUGGCGCUGUGGGUUAAACCACAUAGCGUAGGACUUGCCGAUCAGAAGGUCGGCGGUUCAAAUCCCCGUGAUGGGGUGAGCUCCCAUUGCUCGGUCCUAGCUCCUGCCAACCUAGCAGUUUGAAAGCACGUCAAAGUGCAAGUAGAUCAAUAGGUACCACUCUGGCAGGAAGGUAAAUGGCGUUUCCGUGCGCUGCUCUGGUUCGCCAGAAGCGGCGUAGUCAUGCUGGCCACAUGACCCGGAAGCUGUACACCGGCUCCCUUGGCCUGUAAAGCGAGAUGAGCGCCGCAACCCCAGAGUUGUCCACAACUGGACCUAAUGGUCAGGGGUCCCUUUACCUUUACAUGAGAACUGCUGGAGCAUUCAGGUAGCUCAGACUGUUCCCUGUCCACCGCUGAAACAUGGUUAUUUUUCUGGAUUUAUAUCUAAGUCAAUUUCCAUUUUUUUGCACAUGACCUGCCUAGAGAACUGCAUGGCAAAAUUCAGGGAGAUGAGAAGUUUGAAAGAUGUUUCGGUUCAUUUACUGCAUUGGAAAAUGUGGAUUAGGUAGGUUCACCUUUAUAUAUGAACUGAAUCCAAUUCUACACCAUCCUCAUUUACAUCCAGUGGGUUUAAGGCACUGCUUGUAUGUUUAUUCUAAAGAUUUGCACCCCACCUUUCUAGGCACAAGCCAGCUCAAGGCAGCUUAAAAGUAAAGGUACCCCUGAUCAUUAGGUCCAGUCGCAGACAGCUAUGGGGUUGUGCGCUCAUCUCACUCUAUAGGUUCAGGGAGCCGGCGUACAGCUUCCGGGUCAUGUGGCCAGCAUGACUAAGCCGCUUCUGGCAAACCAGAGCAGCGCAGAGAAACGCCGUUUACCUUCCCGCCGGAGCAGUACCUAUUUAUCUACUUGCACUGGCAUGCUUUCGAACUGCUAGGUUGGCAGGAGCUGGGACCGAGCAACGUGAGCUCACCCCGUCGCGGGGAUUCGAACCACCGACCUUCCAAAAGGCAAGCCCUAGGCUUUGUAGUUUAGACCGCAGUUCCACCCGCGUCCCACCCAAGGAAGCUUACAACGAUCUAAAUAUAAUGAAGGUUCAUAGGAUUUUCAGCUAGUUUUCCAUCCAGGCACUCAGCAGGUUGAGAUCAUCUGAGCUUCACCAAGCUUGCUGCAUUGUCCUGGGAUAGCUCAGUCAGUAGAGCACGAGACUCUUAAUCUCAGGGUCAUGAGUUCGAGUUCCACAUUGGGCAAAAGAUUCCUGCCUUGCAGGGGGUUGGACUAGAUAACCCUCGGGGUCCCUUCCAGCUCUAACAAUUCUAUGAUUAUAUGUGCCUUCCAGCCAGCCUAAGUCAGAUAUCUCCUCCUAUGACCAAUCUUAAAAAAGAAGAAGUCAGAAAUAGUAUUUUAAUUUAUCUUCCAUAGUGGAACACUCCUAAAAUCCUAGCCACUUUGUGGCUUCAGCAUCAAAAAAGUUUUGCUCCCCCCGCCAGCACCAUCCUAACUUUGCUUAAAAUCCAGCCCGAUUAAGAGUUCUGGGGGCUUUAGAAGCUUCCUCUCUGUUCUCUGAUGUUGCAGUUGGUCCUAAGAAAAAUAUUGUGGAUUGUGGGUCUCUCCCCCCCUACCUUGGAAUAUAAGAGAUGAGUGGGGGGGGAGGGGAAAGGAGAAGAAAUUAUAAAGCAUUUCUGAUUAAAGGAGACUGUGGGAGCAAAUAUCAGUAGCAGGAAAUAUUUUGUCUCCUGAUGUUUAGAAGCGGCUUAUCGUGGCUGAUAUCUUCCUGCUGGCAAGGUCUCAGGCUGAGACUGCCGGCCUUGAAACCUCCUAAGCUUUGAAGAUUUCCUGGCUACCCGGCAUCUAUGGGACCUUACUGCAGCUCCUGAGAAAGGUCAAUAUUAUAACUGAUUGAAAUAAACCCCUGCAUAAAGAUGUGCUUUUCUGAAACGAAUGGCUAAAUUUGUUCUUAAGCAGGUAACACCGUCCCCACAAAAAACACACAAUAAAACUGGUAAUGUCGCGCAUGGAUUCCUUUAUAUUGACACAACUCUUGGGUUUAAAGUUGUGCAAAUAUGACUCACAGGCUGGAUUUAAUAGAUUUGUCUCUUUGGAAGGAAUUGAAGCCCAAAAUUUGGACAUCAAAUAUACGAUAAGAAUAUACUUGCGCAGAAAACUGUUGGGUGUGGUUCAAAUAAGCACACAGUGCAGGUCGCAGUGACCAUCGGUGUUUGCAGAAGCAGGGGGCCAAUGUCUAAAACCAAUUUCUCUGCAACACGGGCCAAGUUUUGAAUUUUUUACCUGCAUAUUCUUUUUUUAAUCAGUUUAACAGACUAGGCCUUGAAAAUUUACCAUCUACUGUAAUUAAGCAAUGUCAGUAUAUUAAGCAACCGGGGGGUGGGGGCGGAGCCCAGAAAGGCUAAUAGGAAUUAAUUGGCUGGUAAAAAUAUAACAGUGAGCGUAUCAUGCGAAGUAAUGUUGUAUCGUUUUGUGACACGGUUUGGAUUCUUGGAUUAUUGCAUGUGGGGUUUGGGUUGGUGUGCUCACUGUCUGUGGUGGACAUACAGACAGAUUUUUGUUCUUGUAUCAAGGGCUUUUGAAUCAAGAAGAGAUGAAGGAGGCCGAGUUCUGCUCCUUGCAACAACAACAAAACCUAGGAGAUUGCUUUAGUUCCUUUGAGAGCUGAGAUGUAUUGCUUUGCCUUCAAGAAUGAGGCUGGCGAUCCUGCCAGGAAGCUGGCUUUCUUGCUUUUGUUGUUGUAUAGUCGUUUAGUCGUGUCCGACUCUUCGUGACCCCAUGGACCAGAAAGCACGCCAGGCACUCCUGUCUUCCACUGCCUCCCGCAGUUUGGUCAAACUCAUGCUGGUAGCUUCGAGAACACUGUCCAACCAUCUCGUCCUCUGCCGUCCCCUUCUCCUUGUGCCCUCCAUCUUUCCCAACAUCAGGGCUUUUCCAGGGAGUCUUCUCUUCUCAUGAGGUAGCCAAAGUAUUGGAGCCUCAGCUUCAGGAUCUGUCCUUCCAGUGAGCACUCAGGGCUGAUUUCCUUAAGAAUGGAUAGGUUGGAUCUUCUUGCAGUCCACGGGACUCUCAAGAGUCUCCUCCAGCACCAUAAUUCAAAAGGCUCCAUUCUUCGGCGAUCAGCCUUCUUUAUCGUCCAGCUCUCACUUCCAUACAUCACUACUGGGAGAACCAUAGCUUUAGCUAUACGGACCUUUGUUGGCAAGGUGAUGUCUCUGCUUUUUAAGAUGCUGUCAGUACUUUUCUCCCAAGAAGCAGGCAUCUUUUAAUUUUGUGACUGCUGUCACCAUCUGCAGUGAUCAUGGAGCCCAAGAAAGUAAAAUCUCUCACUGCCUCCAUUUCUUCCCCUUCUAUUUGCCAGGAGAUGAUGGGACCAGUGGCCAUGAUCUUAGUUUUUUUUUAUGUUGAGCUUCAGACCAUAUUUUGCGCCCUCCUUUUUCACCCUCAUUAAAAGGUUCUUUAAUUCCUCCUCACUUUCUGCCAUCAAGGUGGCUGUUAUGUACUGAAGUUCUCACCCUGGGCCAGCAGGGGGAUACUGUAGAUAGUUCAGGUCCACAUAUGCAAAUAAGGGAUUGAAAGUGACAUUCAGUGAUUGGAUAGUUACAGAAAGUGGUUACUGUUGUGUUGUAGUGGAGCUCUAUAUAAGCAGGCUGGCUGAACCCUUCAGUUCAGUUCUGUUCUGGCCUGUGAAUAAACAAGAGCUGUUUGAAGAAUCACUGUGUCGUCUGAUAUGUUCACCCACAACUUAACAGUUGUGUCAUCUGCAUAUCUGAGGUUGUUGAUAUUUCUUCUGGCAAUCUUAAUUCCGCUUUGGGAUUCAUCCAGCCCAGCCUUGCUUAGGGAGUCAAAUAGAUGUGAAUCAUAGAAUUGUAGAGCUGGAAGGGGCCAUGAACGGGAGUGCCAACUUGGCCACAACCGUGUCUGCCCGGGGCCAUGGGUGCCAUGCAGCUUGCAUGUCCCUGACACCGAAAUUUGUGGGUGCCCGGCCCCUUCGUGGGGAAUUUUGUGGGUGCUUGGGCACCCAGCGCCCCAGGGAGUUGGCACCUGUGUCCAUGAGAGUCAUCUAGUCGAACCUCCUUCAAUGCAGGAAUCUUUUGCCCAAAAUGGGAUUUGAACCCAUGACCCUGAGAUUAAGAGCCUUGAAAGGGCUACAAUUUCACAGACUGGAAAUGGGUGUCUUCUGCAGAUCAAUCAGUCCCCAAAUGCCUGGGAGAACAAAAAAUGCAUUUGCCUGGCACUGAAAAGCUAUCUAUAUUGGUGAGCUUUUCUUAGGAGAGCAUUCCACAAGCCAGGGUAGGGUUGCCAUAUUUCAAAAAGUGAAAAUCUGGAGACAAAACUUGUUGAGUUGUUUUUUUUUGGGGGGGGGCGCACGUGAAGUUUUGAAAUCUGCCAGAACCUACACUUCUGACAUGGGUUGCCAUAUGUCCAGAUUUUCCUGGACAUUUCAGCAAUUUCUGCACGGACACUGUUUAUAAUAAUAAUAAUAAAAUUAUUUAUACCCCACCCUCCGCAGCCAAGGCCGGGUUCAGGGUGGCUAAAAACCAAUAAUAAAAAUGAGUUAAAUGAAUAUAACUUAAAAACAAGAUUAAAAUACAACAUUAAAACAUUAAAACAAUUAAAAUGCAGCCUCAUCACAGGAGGAGAAAGGAAAAAGAAAGACGGAGAAGGAAUCAAACUGAUUCUAAGCCAAAGGCCAGGUGGAACAACUCUGUCUUACAGGCCCUGCGGAAAGAAAUCAGAUCCUGCAGGGCCCUGGUCUCAUGAGGCAGAGCGUUCCACCAGGCCGGAGCCAGUGUUGAGAAGGCCCUGGCUCUGGUUGAGGCUAAUCUAACUUCCUUAGGGCCCGGGACCUCUAGGGUGUUGCUAUUUAUGGACCUUGCGGCUCUCCGUGGGGCAUACCGGGAAAUGCGGUCCUGUAGGUACGAGGGUCCUAGGCCGUGAAGGGCUUUAAAGGUCAAAACCAGCACCUUAAAUCUGACCUUGUACUCCACCGGGAGCCAGUGCAGCUGGAAAAGCACUGGGUGAAUAUGCUCCCAUGGCAGAGACCCCGUGAAGGCCAAAUCCUGGUUAUGUCUGGAAAAUUCCAGACAUAUGGCAGCACUAAUAGGGCUACCUCUGAAAAGGCCCGUUCUCUGAAAAUCCACCCUCUGGACUUCUCUAGGAGCAGGUGCAUGGAGGAAGGCCUCCAAUGAUGAUCUCGGGGUGCAGGCAGUCUCACUGUCUGGGUGCAGGAUUGUGCCACUGCAGCCUGGAGGUGGUAUGUGUCUGUGUGCAUGUUUCUAUAGGUUUGUGCUGUCCUUUUUUCCUGGGGGGGGGGACACACAGGGGUACGCAUACCCCUAAACAUUUGGUGAAUCUUUGUACUUUUGUCCAUUUACAGUGGUACCUCUGGUUGCAGAUGGGAUCUGUUCCGGAGCUCCGGUCAGAUCCCGAGGUUUUCGCAACCUGUUCUGCGCAUGUGUGCGGUGCGGUAGAGUGCUUCUGUGCAUGCGCACGGUGAAACCCGGAAAAAUACUUCCAGGUUUGCUGCAUGUGUAUCCUGAAGGAUAUGUAACCAGAGGUGCACAUAAGUAGAGGUACCACUGUACUGUAUUUAUUUUUCCGGAUUUGAACUAUAAAAUUGUGAUUUUCUUGAGUCAAAACGACAGUACCCCUAAACAUUUUUUUUAAGAAAAAAAAGCACUGGGUUUGUGUAUUAUAAAGUUAUAAAGACUCCCUGUAUAUAGCAAAGUAGCAGAACAGGAAGAGAGAUAAACAAAGCCUCUAUUUUGGAUGUGCAAGUUAUUACAUCCUGGUGUUUUUUGCUUUUUGUAUGGGAGACAUCAAAAAAUAUGGCAUCUCCCCACAUGAAUGAUAUGACCUUAUUCUGCGUAUUAUGUCAUACCCUGCAACAUUUCUCUGUUGAAACUAGGGAUAGCCCAUUCCAUAAAGAUAAUUUUACUAUUUAAACCACACACCUUUUACUGGGUUGCCCCAGCCACUCUGGGCAGCUUCCGACAUACAUAUAAAUAUAAUAUAUUUUUAUGGACCGGCCUCAGUCCAGUAUAUCUGAAGGAGCGUCUCCACCCCCAUUGUUCUGCCCGGACACUGAGGUCCAGCACCGAGGGCCUUCUGGCGGUUCCCUCACUGCGAGAAGCCAAGUUACAGGGAACCAGGCAGAGGGCCUUCUCGGUAGUGGCACCCGCCCUGUGGAACACCCUCCCACCAGAUGUCAAAGAGAAGAACAGCUACCGGACUUUUAGAAAACAUCUGAAGGCAGCACUGUUUAGGGAAGCUUUUCAUGUUUGGUGCAUUACUGUAUUUUAAUUUUUUGUUGGAAGCUGCCCAGAGUGGCUGGAGAAGCCCAGCCAGAUGGGCGGGGUAUAAAUAAUAAAUUAUUAUUAUUAUUAUUAUUAUUAUUAUUAUUAUUAUUAUUAUAACAUUAAACAUUAAAGAAAAGCUCCCCUAUACGGGAUUGCCUUCAUGGUCGGAUAACGCCAUACCCUCCAACAUUUAUCCAAUGAAAAUAGGGACAUCCUAAGGAAAAGCGGGACAUUUCAGGAUCAAAUCAGAAACUGGGACGGCUUUUCUCAGGGCCGUCCCUGGAAAAUAGGGACACUGGGAGGGACUGCUAUAUAGAUCUGAGCUAGAGUGACCUGGAGUGAUCUCUCUUGCUCUCUUUCUCUUUCUUUCUCUCUCUCCAGACAGUGCUCCUGCAGUAUCAGAGCUUCAGACUGCACAGCAUAUUCUAUGUUUGCUCUUUGGUUUAUUAACGCUAAUUGAGGCUUCACAAAUUUGCAUGCUGAAAUUAUCUUGGCUUCGCUAGGUAUUUGUUGAAUGGAUUUCAAUGCAACAAUCAGAGGUUUCCUUGAAUAGAUGUUGUUACAAGGCUCUAGCACCUAUGAUUGCUAUGAUUAAAGGAGAGUUAAGAAGAAAAAGAGCUCAUUUCUCCAUUCAGUGCUGUUGCAGUUUGUUUACUUUCUCAAGGCUUUCUUCAGCUGCUUUUCUGAGCAGCUAUAUCUGAUGAUGUACAGUGGUAAAAGUAAGCAACUAUCUUCAUGUAUGGAGCGCCUGCACAAGCUGUUGCUGAAAUAUUGCCACUAUAAAAGCUUUAAAAUAAAUAGAUCGAUAGAUAGAUAGAUAGUUUCUGUAAAGGGAAAUGAUGCUGGAUCUCAGGCCUACAUAGGGCCCAGCAUCAUUUCCCAUUUCGGAAGCUAAAUCUUGCCCCAUUGUAGCAUUUCAAAUAAAUAACCAUUUAUCAUUGAUAGUUUGGGCAUAACAGAAGGAGAACCCAGCUGGAUCAAAGCUAAUGGCCCAUCUAGUCCAGCACCCCUUUCUUACAGUGGAUAGCCAGGUACAUGUGGGAAGUCUGAAAGGGGUGUUUUAUUUGAUUCCUUUACUUUUGAAGCCUUCACAUAUUGAGUGGGGGGCAGAAUCUGCAUACAGUGGUACCUCGGGUUACAGAUGUUUCAGGUUACAGACUCUGCUAACCCAGAAAUAGUACCUCGGGUUAAAAACUUUACCUCAGGAUGAGAAAUCGCAUGGCGGCAGCAGCGGGAAGCCCCAUUUAGCUAAAGUGGUGCCUCAGGUUAAAAACAGUUUCAGGUUAAGAACGGACCUCCGGCACGAAUUAACUUCUUAACCCGCAGUACCAUUGUAGUUUUAAAGUCUUUGAUCCAGGGCUGGCCCACUCAGGUGGCAAGGGAAGGAAUCUGCCUCAGGCGGCAGGAUCCACAGGGGCAGAAGAUGCAGCCUCCAAGCAGGGCUGGAUUUAGGUUUGAUGAGGCCCUAAGCUACUGAAGGUAAUGGGGCCCUUUAUAUGUUCAGCAGUCCUUUGUCAACAACAAAUUGUCGCUUUUUUGUGUUGAAUAUAUGCUAUAUGGUAAUUUAUGGACCUAAUAGGUAUCUAAAGCCAUUUGCACAUAAUAAAUAGGAGCCUACAUAACACAAAAUACUGUUGCUGUACAGUGGUACCUCAGGUUAAGUACUAAUUCGUUCCGGAGGUCCGUUCUUAACCUGAAACUGUUCUUAACCUGAAGCACCACUUUAGCUAAUGGGGCCUCCUGCUGCCGCCGCGCCGCCAGAGCCCAAUUUCUAUUCUUAUCCUGAAGCAAAGUUCUUAACCUGAAGCACUAUUUCUGGGUUAGUGGAGUCUGUAACCUGAAGCGUAUGUAACCUGAAGCGUAUGUAACCUGAAGCGUAUGUAACCUGAGGUACCACUGUAUGUAGGUUUUAUUUUAGUUUUUUUAUCUUAUAUUUUGGUAAUGUACAUCCAUUUUUUUCCCUUUUAAUUUUUUUGGGGGCCCCCAAGAGAGUGGGGCCCCAAGCUAUAGCUUGUUUAGCUUAAAUGUAAAUCUGGCAAUGCCUCCAAGGAAUGUAUCGCCUGCUGCAGCUGCAACUGCAACAGCUAUGGCGUCUCCCCGGCUGCACUCCCCAUUGCUUCCUCUACAUCAGUCUCUUGGCAAAUAGGAGGCACCGCUAAUCUCCUCCCACCCUGGUUCCUGAUGUAUAUCUUUAUUCCCUCCUUGUUCCUGACGUAGAUCUUCACACACCCCUUCUUCCCUGGUGGUGAGGGACGCCAUUUUGCCGUUUGCCUCAGGCGCCAAAUAUCUUGGCCCGGCCCUGCUUUCACCAGUCUCCUAAUAAGAAACACAUUUUCUGUUCCCUUGUGUUUUUGUGUUGUUUUGUUUCGAAACUGGGCAACAUAUCGCUACCGAUAUGAAAAGCCUUAAUACAUCUUUUCUCCAGGAUUUCCCCCUCAACCAUCAAUUUACUGUUUGUUUGUUUGUUUGUUCGUGCAUUUCUCCUUUGGCUUGGUUAGUUUAAUCUUUUAUCUGUGUACCUAUUUGACCGUGGCAUCUGAAUCAGUCGUUGUACUUGAUUGGAGAAAUAAUUGGCAAAUUGUUCAGUGGGAGCGGGAACAAAAUAAAGAUCGUUCAAACACAGAGCAGCUCAGCAAAAGCAGCUAGAAGACUAAAUUUGGACAUAUUGGUGGUGGGGUCAUUUUUAUAACUUCAGACAUCCAAACUGUACUUCGGUUGUUUUUAAUUUGUGAAAGCAGAAAGGUACUCACUGAAUUUUGUUGUUGUUGUUGUUUAGUCGUGUCCUACUCUUCGUGACUCACUGAAUAAGAGUUGUAAAUAUAUUUAUAGUUCACACUACAUUCUACAAACGCCUGCUUUUAAGAAUUGUGUUUCCUAAGGACAAAUUAUUUCUAGUGAUGAUUGGAAAUAUUCCUCUUCUUCUUUUAAAUACACACGCAUACACACUCCUUUAAUUGUGCUGAGGGCUGCAAAUAUAAAUUAGUUACAUGUACCAGGUCAAACCUUUUGGCAGACUUAAAAGGUGUUCAGAAUAAUUUGUGUUAUUAUUCUAUGCAAAUGUUUAGAAUACCUGCAGGUAGCAACCACCUGGUACCAUCAUUACACGUCGUUAGGUGGCGGGCAAAAACCUUCCUCUUUACCCAGGCCUUCAGUCAUUAAUCUAUGGCCUUUUAAAAAUGGGGAAAUGUUAUUCUGACCUCCCCCCCCCCCCCCGGUUGCUUUAAUAAAUCAGCACUGGUGAAAUGUUUGGUAGUUCAGAUGAUGAACCACCACUCUAAAUCUCAGAGGCUCCCAAAUAGGUUGACAGGAGCAAGUGAGGAUCUGAGUAGUCACAUUGCUGUCAGCCUUGCAAGAUGGCUCAGGCAGAGCCUCAGUACACAACCUUGUGUUUUCAGGGACUGCUUGUGCCUUUGACAAUGGUACAUUCUUCGAAAUCGGAACAAAAUGCUCCGUGCAGGAUCUACAGGGGGGAAUGCAACCUUGCCAUCUCUGUCAGAUGAGUGCCUAGAUUAAGCUAAAAUGCUUCUUAGGAUAAAGUUUAUCCUAAUGUUUUUCCAAAAUCUGCUCACCUGAUAUUUCCACCUGCUGGUCUGAGUCCAGCCCUCUAGAGCAGCAGAGAUAUUUCCUUAGAAUUCAGAAACUGGUAAUCUAAGGAUUUGUCUUGAAGUCAUUUGACCCAGGCAGGUCCUAAAGACUCAGGGAUUGUUGAUGGAGUUGGGUAUGUUCAGCCAGGGGAAGAGAAGAUUUAGAGGCCAGAGGUAAUACAAUAGUGUCACAUUAUUUCAAGAAGUAAAAAUCAGGACACAAGUAAAGUUGUUGACCUUUUUUUUUUUGUAAAAGCAAGUUGCUUUUAGGAAAGUUUGCUUUUGGGGGGGCAAGUUUCAAAAGCCCAGACAUUUCCCAAAAUUCCCCCUACAAUAUGAUGCUCUAGAUGGCAGAACACAAAAUAAUGGAUUAAAAUUUCAAGAAAGGAGAUUCUGACUAAAUGUUAGGAAGAACGUUCUGACAGAGAGAGCUGUUCGGCAGUGGAGCAGACUCCCUUGGGAGGUUGUGGACUCUCCUUCCUUGGAGGUUUUUAAGCAGAGGUUGGAUGUUUACAUGUCAUAGAUGCUUUAGCUGUGAUUCCUGCAUUUCAGGGGGUUGGACUAAAUGACCCCUGGAUUCCCUUCCAACUCUAUAAAAAUCUGUUAUUCUAAAUUUAUCUUAGAUGUUCUAGUGAAUAACGUUAUUUCAAGUUGUUCCUUGUUCUUCUAGUCUAUCUGUGGACCAAGAAUCAUAGUAGGUUAACGUUGCCGGGUCCUCUUGUACAACAAAGCUCUGGUUCUUCCUCUGGCUUAAGGACUGCGAUGACUAAUUUUUCUGUAAUCAAUGUUUCUGAGAUUCUGUGCCUGCAAAGCAAUUCCUCUGGCAGUGAGGGUCAAAGUUAUUAUGAGAGCAUUGUGAGUGCUUUCAUUGGGUCAAAGAGAACAAAGUCUAAAUUUAGCCCUGUGUAUUUGUUGUGGGUCAGUUGAAUGUGCUGUUUUGGUCUUUCCCCUAGAAAUUAAUGGAAAAUAUAUGUAGGAAGAAGAUAAACAGCCAAAGAUAUCUGCAGGCUUAAAAACAUUUUGUGAUGCUAUAUCCCCAGCAAUUAAGUUUUAAAAAUAAAUCAAGCAAGCAAGCAAGCAGAGAACAACCCAAGGUUCAGAGCACAAGAUGGGCAGUCUGUAACCCUCCAAGUUAUCAUUGAACUCAAACUCCCAUCAUCCCCAGUCAACAUGGCUAAUGGUCAAGCAAAAAUAUCUGAAGGGUGACAGGUUCCCCAUCCCUGAUCUAGAUAGUGGCGAAUCCAUCCAAGAAAAGUGGAAUAAUCUGUUGUUAUCAUACAUGAUCAGGUCAUGUGUCUCUGUAGACAUCUUGGACAGGAUCCAACCAAUGAGUUCCAUCAGCAGAAGUUCAUGCAAGGACUUCUGCUUGCGCAAUGGAGGUUGCCCUCCUUUCCACCUGUUUCAGCACCAGAGUCAUGCAGCAAGAGAGAAGACCAAAUAAAUAUAAUUCUUAAUGUUUCUGUUUUCCAGAUUGAAUAUUUGAGGAUGACUGCUUGAAGAGGAGGCACUUGGCUCCAGCAUGUCCCUCUGUGCAUCAUCUCACAAGGAGUUGCCACCAAUCCAAGAUCUCGUAUGUACCAAAGCAGAAGUGAAAAGCUCCCUCUCCGAGCUGGUCUCUCCUGUCCCUUUCAGCUGCAGCCAGUCUGCUUUGAGCGUUGAGCACAGCCCAAUUUACAUCCCAUCCUCUUAUAUGGAAAACAGGCAUGAGUAUCCGGCCAUGACAUUCUACACCCCCGCUAUGAUGAACUACAGCAUUCCAAGCACUUUCGGCGACUCGGAAAGUGCCUCUCUCAGACAGUCGGCCAGCCCGAGCAUGUUAUGGUCUGGUUCUGACCACAUCUCUCCUUUGACUUUACACUGCCAGUCAUCCGUUUUAUUUGCAGAGCAACCAAAAAGCCCGUGGUGUGAAGCAAGACCCGGGGAUCAUGCCCUUCCUAUGCACAGGUAACAAAUGCUUAUCUAUCUGUCUUUCAUCAGUUCCAACAGUGUUGUUUCUCCAAAGCAUAGGCUUUGGGGGGAGAUUGCUGUAGUGUGAACAACUACAGUGUGAACAACUACAAGCAGCCAGUGUGGUGUAGUGGUUAGGAGUGGUAGACUCAUAAUCUGGGAAACCGGGUUCGAUUCCCCGCUCCUCCACCUGCAGCUGCUGGGUGACCUUGGGCUAGUCACACUUCUCUGAAGUCUCUCAGCCCCACUCACCUCACAGAGUGUUUGUUGUGGGGGAGGAAGGGAAAGGAGAAUGUUGGCUGCUUUGAGACUCCUUAAGGGGAGUGAAAGGCGGGAUAUCAAAUCCAAACUCUUCUUCUUCUUCUUUGGAACUCCCUGCUGAUUGACACCAGACAGGUAUUUUUCACAGUACUCUUUUUGGAGCCUGCCAAAAAUGUUUUUCUUUAGGCAAGUCUACCCAGAUAAUUAUUCAUAUUUGAAUAUUUUACACAGUUGUUUUUAACUGUUUCAGUUUCUGGUAAUUCCAUUAGUUUAUUCUUUUUGUAAACCACUGUUUGUUUGCUUUUUCUCUCCCAAAAACAGUAACAACAAACAAAGGGUAUAUACGUUAUAUGUGGCUUUCUUGCUAUCAUGUCAAGUCGGGCUCGUGACAAGAGAAUGGCUUAUUGGAGCAGAGAUUUUGGCCGAACUCCUUCCUCCCUUCUUUUCUGAGAAUUGGUUUUAAAGAGGCAUUUCUUGUCUUCAGAAUGAUCUGCCUUUGCAGACACCCCCUCUUUUGCAGUUGUGCUUCUCCUCCCCUUCGUUUUUUUGUGGCGGUGUCUUAAUGGUGUGUUCAUGCCAUUAAUUUAUUGCCAUGGAAACAAUGAUUGUGGUAUUGAGCAAUCCUGAAUUAUAACUUAAAUGAAAGUUCAAAGAUGGGAAGAGUAUGAACUCCACAGAACCAAUCCCUCCCCCUUUCCUUGAUUAAAUGAGCAUAGGCCAUUAUUAUUAUUAUUUUAAUGAAAGGGUUUUGUUUUUAAAUACGAUGUACCAAACUUUGCUUGAGUUAGAAGGGAACCUCUUUGAAGCCCUGAGGCAGUUGACACAAUUCAGAGCCCCACACGUGCAGUGAAGCAUGCAUGGAGCAUCUAUGCUUGCUGAGCUCCCUCAUUCAUUCCAGUGGAGGAGAGUCUUUCACAGAGGCCCAUCUCUUUGGAUUUGUUGAGCAACGCCAGCUAUUGUAGGGUUGCCAUAUUUCAAAAAGUAAAAACCAGGACACCCUGAAAGUUGUUGAGCUCCAAUUUUAUUUUUUCACAAAAACACCAAAAAAAACCAACCCCCGUGAUUUUUCGAUUGGCUUGACUAACGUCCAAGACAAAGCGCCGCCUUUCGGAAAUUCACCCCAGAUGUCAAUUCCGCCUUUGAAAUCCCAGUAAUGUCCGGGAAAAUCAGGAUGUAUAGCAACCCUAAGCUAUUGAAGAAAUGUUAGCAAGCCCCCCGCUCUUCUCCCUUCCCCUCCCCAACACAAAAAUCAAACGUAAAAGUUUUUCAUUGAAAACUGUCAGUCUGGCUCAGCUGAAGUAAAAAAAAAAAUCAUUAUUUUUACACAUCCUCAGGUAAGCAGAAAGGGAAGUGACUAGGGCAUGCAUAGGCAAACUAAGGCCCAGGGGCCACAUCCGGCCCAAUCGCCUUCUAAAACCGGCCCACGGAUGGUCCAGGAAUCAGCAUGUUUUUUACAUGAGUAGAAUGUGUGCUUUUAUUUAAAAUGCAUCUCUGGGUUAUUUGUGGGGCAUAGGAAUUCAUUCAUUCCCCCCCCCAAAUAUAGUCUGGCCCCCCACAAGGUCUGAGGGACAGUGGACCGGCCCCCCGCUGAAAAAGUUUGCUGACCCCUGGACUAGGGCCUUGGAAUAAGGAGCAAACGGUGGGAAUAUAUAGGCUAUGGACUUCAAACAUAUUUUUAGUGUGUGCUAAUUUAAUAUAAUUUUUAGGAACAAUGACUCUGGGCAGCUUCCAGCAUAUACAAAAAUGUAACAAAACAUUAAACGUUAAAAAACUUCCCUAUACAAGGGGUCCUUCCUGCAGCAUUGUAAAGGCAGCCAGAUUUAUGGAGGCACAAAGCAAAAAACUGCCAGAGGUUUUGAGGUAGAAAAAAUAAAAUCACCCAGUAGUUUUGAGGACUGCCACAAAAAGUUAUGAGGUAAAGAUGUACAUGCCACUUCACUGUUUCCUAACGGCUCUUCUCCUGUUCCCCCAGAGAAACGCUGAAAAGAAAAGCCAACAGCAACGACUGUACCAGCCCCUCCACAAACAGCCCCGUCUCGAAAAGGGAUGCCCAUUUCUGUGCCGUGUGCAGCGAUUAUGCCUCAGGAUAUCACUAUGGCGUUUGGUCGUGUGAGGGCUGCAAAGCGUUCUUCAAAAGAAGCAUUCAAGGUAAGGGGAAUGGCAGGCUUUCCCGGGGAAAGGAAAUUCUUUGAGGAUGCAAAUGUUUCUGCGAAAAUGUGUGAGUGUGUUACUGCUUUCACAGGUAAAAAUUGCCCCGCAGAUAAAAAUGCUUGAACACAUGGAACUUGCAUAUAUGACGGAAAAGAUCGGAGAUUGUUCAACCCAAAAGUUCAAGAGGGAAUGGGGAAUUUAUAGACAAUAUUUUUAGAUGAACAGUGCCCUCAAAUAAAAACUUUAGAAUUGAAUAAUUCUCGGAAUUGAUUAAGGUGUAAAGAAUACAAACAAGAUUUAAUAAGGAUAAGGUUUAUUGGAAAAUAGAGGCAAGUAAUUAAGAAAACAAAGAACCCAUAUCAAGGAAGUCGGAAGCUGAUGGAAUAUUCUUGUGAAUGGAUUGUUCUGGUGAUGGAUUGUUCUAUUGUUUUUUUGUUUGUAAGAGAUGUAUUGUGCUUCUUUUGUUUCAUUUUCUUUUCUUUUUUCAAGCUUUUGUUGUUUGUGUAUGUGUUGAUUUUAAACCAUUAAAGAUUUUUUUUUGAAAAAAAAUAUCCCUCUCUCCAGCUACUUUCUUACCAUUGGUGGGAGUGGGGAAGAUCCAUAGUCCCCAGUUUGGAAGGAGGGAGAGAUGGAAAGCUGAACACCACCCACAAUGAACAAACAUUAAUUUCUUGGGGGAGAGAAUGACUUUUGAACUCCAGUUCACACUGAAUGCUGCUGGUCGGGCUCCGAGUGGUUUACAACAGCCCUGCAGUGUUGUCCAGCAUCAUUAAGCGCCUGUUGCAGGUUGAAGAGUCUGAAGGAAAGAGAGUUCAGUGACCACCCUCCCAGUGGUGUGAUCCAUUGCUUUUCUCUUGACGCUGGAGCUUGGGCCUUGUCAGAGGAAUCUAUGCAUAGGAUUGCAUCCUGUGCCCCAUUCCUGCUCUUGAAUUAGCCUGAAAUCCAUGUUUGCUCAGAGGAAAAUUUCAUUCUCCUUGAAUGGUUACUCCCCAAUAACUGGUCAGUUUUAGUGCAGGUCUUAUUACAGGAGCUUAAUGUUAUUCAGGGAAAGCAAAACAUGUGCAUGUCAUAUGUUCUGUUCACUUCUGCUUUAUAGAACAGGACAAAAUAACCUUUUGAAGGCCGUGACAUAUGCUGAGAAACUUGGUGGCCCAACAUUUUAAUCUUGCUUCCAGCAGACCUUUGACUGCAAACAACCUUCGCUGCCAACCACAGGCUUCACAUCUGCUCUCUGAAGGCUUAUCAAAAACCACCCAGCAGUCCUGCAAAACUGAUUUUUCAGGUCACGUUAAACUAAAUUUUCUUAGUAUCUGUGUCAAAGAGCAAACAAGCUUCUCCACCCUGAAAUAUCUAAGCUGAAAAAUUUCAUAAAGCUUUUGUGAAGGCUUAUUGAAAUUCAGCACAAAAUGUUUGCAAUAAUUUUAUGUUCCAGGACAGCUUCCCACUUGAGGCUUAUAUAUUUGCAAGGGACGGAGGAGAAUGAAACAGAAUUUGCCUUUUCUUUCCCUGAAAGCUAGCCUUGCUGAUAACCCACAGACAUUACUAGCCUGCAGAUAUUUUUAUUAGCUGGGAGCAGAGCUGGGAGAGCUGGCAGAGGAGUGAGUGAGAUUUCUGCCCUUCCUGAAACAUGCCAAAAAACCCAAAGUGCUGCACUAGCAAGCACAAAACAACCCCUCUGCUAUGCCACAAAUCCAACUCAAUGGUGUAACAUUGGAAAGUGUCAAUUACUUCUCCUACCUGGGCAGUUACCUUUCUACAAGGGCCAACAUUGAUACCAAAAUCCAGCAUUGCCUGAGCUUGGCAAGUGCAGCUUUCUCCCAACUGAAGUGCAGAGUAUUUGAGAACCAGGACAUUCACAGGGAAACCAAAAUGCUUGUUUACAAAGCUAUUGUACUACCAACCUUACUGUACGCUUGUGAAACAUGGACCACUUAUAAACGCCAUCUCCAGCUCCUUGAAAGAUUCCAUCAAUGGCGUCUCCGAAAAAUUUUAAGUAUCACUUGGGAAGACAGGUGAACAAAUGCCAGUGUACUGGAAGAAGCAAAGAUCACCAGUGUUGAAGCAAUGAUUCUUCAACAUCAACUUUGUUGGACUGAUCAUGUUGUUUAGAUGCCUGAUUAUCGUCUUCCAAACAACUACUCUAUUCCGAACUUAAAAAUGGAAAGCGUAAUGCUGGUGGUCAACAAAAGAGGUUGAAAAACUCACUCAAGGCAAAUCUUUAAAAAUGUAGUAUAAACACCAACAAUUGGAAAACACUGGCCUGCGAGUGCUCCAAUUGGAGAAUAGCCUUUUCCAAAGGUGUCAUUGACUUUGAAGACACUUGAACUCAGGACGCAAGGGAGAAACGUGCUAAUAGGGAGGCACAUUUGGCAAAUCCUCACCAUGAUCAGUUCUUGCUGGAAACCUAUGUCCCCACAGUAUAAGGACGUGUUGAUCCAGAAUUGGCCUCCAAAGUCACCUAUGGGUUCACUGUUAAGACUGUGUUCAUGGAAGACAAUCUUACUCAGCUACGAAUGAUUGCCAAAGAAGAGAAGAAUUGCAUUUCUGUGCUGGACGAGGGGACAACCCACUUGGUUUCUGUGCUGGGUGCAGUGGAAGGACUUGACUGCAUGCAAUUCCUUCUCACUUCUGGCUACCAGGUGCAUGCUUCAUGAAAGCCGACUAUAAACCUACAUGCAUACAGCCUCUCUAAAGGUGAAGGUGAAAGAAAAGGAAAGGGAGAAGCUUAGCCAGGCAGCUGGUAGGCCUUCCAAGGCUUGUGCGUGUUCCCUGUUGCUAUGAUGCUGUUUGUCAAAUCAAGGAUGCCUGACUGCUCAGGGCCACAUACCAAGUGCUUAGUGCAGUGAGAUCAGCAUGCAGAAGCCGAGGCUUCGUUUGGCAGCCUUCCACGUGGCAGCUGUGUUGAAAGACAAUCCUGGGGUCCUCCGAGGGCAAGCCAAGCUCGCCACUGUCGCCCCAUGAUACAGAAAAAUUUAGGAAUUGCCAGCUCACUGUGUGAAAUGCCUUGUGUCCCAAAUAGGGAUGGGAGGAUCUGCCAGUUUUGAUUCUCACAUUUUCCUAUCUUAAAUUCAGUUCUUCACCGUCUGCAUCAAUUUGAGAAUUUCCUUUAAAAAGGGGGGGAAAUCCUCCUCCCCCAAACCAGCACAUUUUUAUACGCAAUUUUGACCAAUGUGCACACAUCAGAUACAAUGCCUUUUUGUAUGUUGCUAUCCCUAUUCUAUUCAUUUUUAUGCAACCUUGCCUCUUAGCGCAGGCAUUUCGAUAAUGGUUGGUUGGAGAACCAUAUUACAAAAUGCGGAUAAGGGUGGAUUUUGAAUGAUAGCCAUGUUCCCGUUUACAUAUUGUUUCAAAAAGUGUGAAUUUGAUAGAUUUGCUUUCAUGGACUGGCUGGAUGCAGAGGGAGUGGUGGGAGGCACCAGCUGGGGAACCCUCAAGAGAACCCCCAGGGGAAGAAGCCAGGGGGCUGCUGGGAGGCAACAACAAGGUCGUCAGAGGAAGAAGAGGGAGCAGACUGGGAGGAGGAAGAGGUGUCGGAGGUUGAAGAGGCAACAGGGCUUAGUGAGCAGAGAGAGGCUGUGACAGAGAGCAGUCCAGAAUCAGAGGCAGAAUCAGAGGCUGGAGAGGAGGGAGGUCAGGAGACAGAGGCGAGGCAGGCUGCUGAAGAAUCUGAAUCCGAAUUAUUUUUCCUUAGCUCUAAUUAUUCACCUCAGAUAGAGGAAGGGGGAGAGAAGCACUAAUUACAGAGGAGCCUCUGCCUGGAGAUGCUACUCCAUUGCCAUCUUAGAAUCCUGAUAGUUAUUAAAUUAGCCCCAUCCUUUUUCCGCUGAAGAAUCCAGGGAGUCUCCUCUUCCUGCUGCGACCAGCUCACCUCCUCCUUGGUCUCCCAGAACCCAGAGAGGCAUGAAGAGGCCAGAGCCUAUCAGGCAAGACGAAGGAGCCUCAAGUUGCUUGGGAAGGACCCAGGAGUGGAGGAAGCUUAGGCAACUAUAGGAAGACAAAGAGCUUCUGUCUCGGCCUCAUAGGGGCAAGACCUACUGAAGAAGCUGCUGUGCUCACUAGCUGCCUUGUUUCUUUGUAUAAAGAGUUAAAUUCACUGACACCUAGAGAGCCAGUGUGGUGUAGUGGUUAAGAGCGGUAGUCUCCUUAUCUGGGGAACCGGGUUUGCGUCUCCGCUCCUCCACCUGCAGCUGCUGGGUGACCUUGGGCCAGUCACACUUCUUUGAAGUCUCUCAGCCCCACUCACCUCACAGAGUGUUUGUUGUGGGGGAGGAAGGGAAAGGAGAAUGUUAGCCGCUUUGAGACUCCUGAAGGGGAGUGAAAGGCGGGAUAUCAAAUCCAAACUCUUCUUCUUCUUCUACCUUGUGAGUUAUUGCUGACCUGUUCCUGACACCCGCCCUGACAAUUUGGCUCUAAAUGUGAACUGAAUCAAAUUUCUUCCCUAUCCUUAGUCGCAAAUCACAUAAACCUAGGAGUCUGCCUUAUCCCAAGUCAGUCCAUCUAGCUCAGUAUAUUCUACACAGACUGGCAGCAGCUCUUCACAGUUUCAGGCAUGAGUUCAGUACUACUUGGAGCUGUCGGGGAUUUGAACCUGGAACCUACUACAUGCCAGGCAAAUGCUUAACCUCUGGACCAAUCACCACAGGUGUAAUCACAGUCCUCAGCAGUGAUUUCCUUCUUCUUCAGAUGUUCCCCCUUUUAUCUCUCCUUGCAGGACACAACGAUUACAUUUGCCCUGCGACAAAUCAGUGCACAAUAGAUAAAAACAGACGCAAAAGCUGCCAAGCCUGCCGACUUCGGAAAUGCUAUGAAGUCGGGAUGAUGAAAUGUGGUGAGUUUUGCAUUCCCUUGGGUCUGUCCUGUCGCAUUUCUCAGUUACAGAUCUUUACUCGCAUUCUAGAGGAGUCGUGGGCUCUCAUCCUGACCACAGUUAUGCAUGUGCAAAUUCUAUUACAGUGGUACCUUGGUUUGCAACCGUUUUGGAUUACAACCAUGUCAAACCCGGAAGUGCGUGUCCCUUUUUUUGGAUUACAACCCCCCCCCCUUUUUUGGGGGAGGCCCCAUUGGUGAAAGCGCGCCUUGGGUUACAACCUGUUUUGGUUUACAACUGGACCUCCGGAACGGAUUAUGGUUGUAAACCAAGGUACCACUGUAAUGCCAAUGGUAGGUGGAUCCAGAACUCCAGUUAGUCAUUCGAUCUUAGCUUAAUCAUCCAAUAUUGUUUGGGAACCCUUUGGAGGGAA